GAAUUUUGCUUCAUUACAAAUUGACAUAUAAUGGGUAAUUAAACAAACUUUACUCCUACUAAAGUGACGUUCAAUUAGAGAGGGAAAGGAGUGAUUUUUUAUUUUCCAAAAUAAAAAUAAAAAAAGAGCACAAGUCUUACUAUAACACCCAUCUUUUGUUAUAUUUAUUUUGGCAAAAAAAUUAUUACUUUAUGGGACAAAAGUCCCACUCAACUUAGAGCUCUCUCUACCUUUUUUUACCACACUUAGCUAGUUAGCCUCACACCAUAUGUUUUUUUUCACAACAAUUAAAGAAAAUAAUUUUAAAUUUUGAAAAAAAAAAAUUAAAAAAAAAAUUCGAAAAAUAAAAAAUAAAUAAAAAAAUUUCCUCUCCAUCUAAUUCACCAAAGGAAUAUAUAUAUUCACAUAUCACAAUCUCUCCCUCUCACUCUCUCUUUCAUUCUUUCUCUCUCUCUCUCUCUCUCUCUGGGUGUUGAAUGCUGAGUUAUUCCCGUACCCUUCGCCGCUCUCCUCUCAUCUAAUUAAUCUUUCUUCUCCAUUCAACAACAACACCAACAAACUACCAACAAUCCUACUUCUCUAGUUAUUUUCUUCUUUCUAUUUUUGUGUUCUAAGUGAAUAACAACUUCUCUUUUCUUCCUUAAAUUCAGGAAAUUUAUUACUUAUCUUUUUUUUGUUUGUUUCUCCUAAUCAAAGACUCAAUUUUCAUCCAUUUCUUGGAUUAAUCUAUCUCUUUUGAUUACUGAAAUCUGAGUUUAAUUAUUAAUCUCCUCUCAUUUUUUUGUUAGUUACAAACAUGUGCUUCUACUUGAUGUUUGUUAACAAUUCCCUAAUCUUUUCUUCCCAUGUUCUUUUAUGUUUGUUAUUGGUAGUUAUCAAACAAUAAAAACAGAACAAAGAAACACCUUUUUUUAUAGUUAUUUUCUAUAUUACUAUUUCAUUGUUUUUGAUAUAUAUAUCUAUAUAUAUUGAUCAUCAUGGAAUACUUCCAUAAUAAUUUGAGAGAGAUAGAAGGCAAGCUUAUACAUGAUCCACAGCGUUUCAACUCCGGGAUAUCGAAUUCGACACGUUGCGUACUAGUAUCAGGUCCGGUGAUAGUAGGGGCAGGGCCAUCAGGGUUGGCGGUAGCAGCAUGCUUAAAAGAGAAUGGUGUACCAAGUUUAAUCUUAGAGAGAUCCAACUGCAUAGCCUCUUUAUGGCAACUUAAGACCUAUGAUCGUUUAAGGUUACACCUUCCUAAGGAAUUUUGUGAACUUCCCUUAAUGCCCUUCCCACAACACUUUCCUACGUACCCUACAAAGUCUCAGUUUAUUGACUACUUAGAAGACUAUGCAACCAAAUUCGAGAUUAACCCGGUUUUUAAUCAGACGGUGGAUAACGCACAAUUUGAUCAAACGCUAGGGUUUUGGAGGGUAAGGACGACUACUACUACUACUUGGAGUAGUAAUAGUAAUAGUAAUAGUAAUAGUGAUAGUAAUAGUAAUAGUAAUAAUAGUCGCGGCGAGGAGGAGGCGGCAGUGACAACCACCACAACGGAGUACGUAUGCCGGUGGUUGGUGGUGGCGACAGGAGAGAAUGCGGAGGUUGUGAUGCCGGAUUUUAAAGGGUUGGAAGAGUUUGAAGGACCAAUAGUACAUACAAGUUUGUACAAAAGUGGAGAAGUUUUUAGAGGUAAAAGGGUGUUAGUUGUUGGGAGUGGAAAUUCAGGGAUGGAAGUUUGUUUGGACCUUUGUCAUCAUAAUGCUAUGCCUUCAAUUGUGGUCCGAGAUACAGUUCAUAUCUUACCUAGGGAAAUGUUCGGGAGAUCAACUUUCGGGUUGUCUAUGUGGUUGCUCAAGUGGUUGCCAAUAACGCUAGUGGACCGACUCUUGUUAAUAAUAGCCUGGCUAAUAUUUGGUGAUACUUCAAAACUAGGUUUAGCUCGUCCUAAAAUGGGACCCCUUCAACUCAAAAAUUUGACAGGCAAAACUCCGGUGUUAGAUGUUGGGACGUUUGACAAGAUCAAAAGCGGAGACAUCAAGUUAUGUUCAAGCAUCAAGCGUUUAAUGCACCAAGCCGUUGAGUUUAUUGAUGGAAGUGUAGAGAAUUUUGAUGCAAUCAUCUUGGCAACUGGAUACAAAAGCAAUGUACCAUAUUGGCUAAAGGAUCGAGAGAUGUUCUCAGAAGAAGAUGGACUACCGCGCAAGCCCUUUCCUAAUGGAUGGAAAGGAGAUUAUGGGUUAUAUGCAGUGGGGUUUACCAAACGUGGCUUGUUAGGUGCAUCAAUGGAUGCCAAAAGAAUUGCAGCUGAUAUUGGACAAUGUUGGAAUUCUGAAUCAAGAUAUCCUACAUCUUUUGAUCGCUCAUUUUGAUCUUCUUGAUCGUAUUUACUCUUUUUAAGUUUCGUCUUAGGUAAAUAUUAUCUCUGUUUGGAUUUAGUUGUCGCGUUACUAGUUUAAGUCGUUACAUGGUUAACGUGACAAUGAAUUUUAGAUAGAGGGAGUUUUAGUGGAUGAUGAUGAUAAGUAGAGAAUUUUUGGUGGUACCAAAAGAAAAAACUUUGGUACUAAUGAAGUUUCUACCCUCCAAGGGAAGAAAAAGAUGCAUGGGAAAUGAGUGCAAGAGGAAUGAGUUGGAUCAUAUUAUAAGGUCAUACCCAUCUUUUUCAAGAGAGCCAAAAAAAAAAGGAACACAAUUUGAAAUGCAAUACUUGGAGAGAUCUAGAAAAAAGAAAAGAGAAAAAAGAUUUUAAAAAAUUGAGUUAACAAGAAUGUUCAAUUUUGUGGGGGGACCUGUACAUCUUGUACAUUUUCUAUUUUUUUCAGUAUUUAGACUUAGGUAAGACUUGUUAGGAGGACAGGUUAUAGUGUGUUUUUUGGUAUUGUUUUUGCAAUUAUGAGAAAUUGUUUCUCUUACUUCUUUGAUAUUUAUGAUAUGAUAAUUCCAAAAAUCUUGGAUACGAAAUUUUGACAUAAUGCUUGUAAUAUAAUUGAUUGUUUUUUUC